CGGACGGUCAGUUGAGUUAGGUGAAUGAGUGCUUCCUGCAUAUGUCCGUAAAAUAAAAAUAAAAGGUUCAAUUUCUGUAACUAUAUGCUUACAUACUUUGUACAUUUGCGGGAUAGAAAAAGCAGUCGUUCGUUUAUUUGUGUGAUUUGGGGGUUUUAGUCACACGAGAGCGGAAGGAUAUUUGCGCCGUUGUAACGUGAGAUCUCAUAGCUUAUGUUCUGGACUCAAGCAUGGAGGUCGCUGAAGCCAUGGAUAGCAGACCACCCCUGGCAGCUUUGUCUUUAUCCCAGCAGAACACUGAGGCUGAUGUGGAUUUCUCCAAACUCACUCCAUCACAGUUUGGCAUAUCAACACAGAGUUUCUUACCUUCCUCAAAGAUUAAAGAUAAAUCCAGGUUGGCUCAGCUAAAGGCAAGAAGGAGAUCCACAAUCGGGGUCCGGGGAUCUCCAGAAACAAACUCUCUCAUCUGCUUCAGAGCCAAACAAGCAGCAAAAACACCACCACGGACCCCACAGCUUUUCCAGGGAAGUCCUUUUGUUUCACGUUGUGACUCUCUGAAGAAAAAGAUGGAGGCUUUCCAGUGCCUGAUGGAGGAUGAUGAAGAGAAGGAUGAACAGAGGAAAGAAGAGGAGUGUGUGGAAAGAACUCUGGGACAAGAUUCUCAGAAUGAAAAAGAGAUCAAGCUGAUCACGCAAAGCCCAUCCCCUUUUGUGACUCCUCCUCCCUCUAAGAAACGCUGCAGGGCCCCACGAGGGGAAUGUGAGGACAAGAUUACUGAGACAGCACUCCCCUGCCCUACUCUCACAACACAAGAGGAGCAAAGGAUGCAAUCCUCUGAGAGCCAUAGACCUCUACCGGAAUUGUGUUCAGAUUCAAAGAAUGAGCUUAUUUCCUCACCCAUGCUUUCCAGACCAGAAAUUAUGCCAUCAGAUGUCAACGAGAUCUCAUCUGUACGCAAGAAGCGUGUUCGCUUCGGGUUACCACUCUCCCCAGAGUUCUUUGACAAAACCCUUCCGCCCAGUACCCCGCUGCAAAAGGGAGGCACCCCAAUGUGUCCUCCGUCAUCUACGGGGAAAAAACGCUCUCUUCUAAAGACCCCUCAAAGAUUCGAGGGCCCUCUUCCUCAACCUGACUUCAACAGUCCCCAAAGCAAUGGAGCUUCUCCUAUUUUUGUUAUUGAUAGACGGACCACUGGACUUGUGUACAGUGAUGAUGUAUUUGACAAGAUUGGUUUCCCCAGUAUGGAUGAAGAGUCUCCAUCAAACACGCCUUCAGAGAACUGCAAGGAUACGCUCUCGGCUGAAGACCAAGGGCAGCCCCAGGCUCAAGACAGUGAAGUUAUGAAUGCCGCUUUUCAAGUGGAUGAGGAUGAACCAUCAGCCUCACAGAUGGAGGAAAAACUGCCAUCAGCCACCAGUGGUCAGCCACCGGCCCUCUCCACAGCAGAAGUUGAUCUGCAGUCUGUUGGCACCUCUGAGCAGCAGCUUUCAUUCAACGCCAGCACUCAACCCACUCGCUCUCGCUGUAGAAAAAGAAAGCAACCAGGAGAAAAUGUAAGUGAGAAACGGAAAAGCUCUCGCACAGCAGCAGCGUCUGCUUCAGGAAAGAUGAAGAACUUGACUGCGGGCGUCAAAAAGCGCUUUGGCACUAAGGAGGUGAAUCGUUCUUUAUAUGGCAAAAGAGACUUUGCCUCCAAGAACCCUCUGCUCAGUCCCAUAUUUGAGACGAAGUCUGCCAAUUUCAGCUCCACGCCAACACAGACGCCAUCGGAAAAGCUACCAGGUGCGGUGAAAGAUGACAUUCAGACACCCACUCUUCUUCAUAGCCAGACCGAUCGCUUGACCUUGUCUGAUGCUACAUUGACCAAUGAGAUCAAGCAGACAUCAAGCCCCGCCUACCAAUCAGACACGGGCAUGACUUUAUUGGAACCCUCAGCUAGCACUGAGAGUCCUGCAGGAAGAGUCAACUCCGGGUCAAAGGCUCUCAAAGCCAGACGUGGCUCUGGAAGGCCUGCACGCCAACGUCGUAGCUCCGGCACAACCAAGAGAAGGAAAUUUAGCAGCUCGGCUAUUGACUCUGUGGAAUUGGAAGGUGAAACUGGUGAAAUUGACAGCCAUGAGUUAUUCGAAGCUAUAGGUUUGAACCAGAACAAUAGUGAUGGACUAGAGCUUCAUGAAAGUGAGCACUCUGAGACUCCAAACGUGGUACCAAAUGACCCCAUGAGCACAGAGCGGUCGGAGCAGAAGACACCAAAAAGAUGUGGCCAGGUUCAAAAGGUGUUAAAAUCUCCUUGUGUAAAGAUCCAUGUUGCACUAGAAGCAGAUGAGAGAAUUGUAGACGAGACCGAGUUUUCAGACAGCAAAGCUGCACCUACAGAACCCACUUUGGCCUCCUGGCAACAGACUGACUUUAACAUCGAUGAUAUCCUGAAGCCCGUGGCGAAGAGUCGAGGUUCAGUGCGUCGGAGCCUGAGGAACCGGAGGAGCGUGGACCUUAAAGCUGUGGGCCUGGCAUGGGUUGACCACACCUCACCAGAGUUUAGUAAGGUGGGUAGGAGAAGAACGCGUGGCAGACUCAGUGGUGUAUCUGAAUCAUGUGUGACUCUGAUCUCUGAGGAACCAACACCAGACCUGGCAGAGUAAUUGAAAGACCAAAUUAAAGAUGAUUUUGUCAGUCUGUUAAAUAACUUCUACAAUGAUAUUUUGCUGAAACGUUACUCUGCAUUCUUUUAAUUUUUGCAUUCUUUUAAUGUCUAUGGACUAUGUUCACCUCUCAGAAGAGUAAUUGCUAAAUUGGUUAUGCUCAUUAAAUCUUCACCCUACAUAAAUGGCAAUGCUUGUUUGCUAAACAAUGAUUUUCAUAGCUGUUUAUUUAUCUGCUUUGCAUUUUAACAUUUAAUACAAUGUUGAUAUCAAAAAAGUCUCUGUAUUCUUUAAAUUGAAAUGAAUUUAUAGUUACAAUUUUCAGGAUGCAAGUUAUGGGUUACGGUUAAUCUUAUUUGGACAUGACUGGGACACAAUUUUCUCACAAAAAAAAAGAAAUGUGCCUAAUUUACAACUAGUGAGAGUUUAUGUAUUAUGACAUUAUUUUAAAAUAAAUAU